CGACGAGCUAUCUUUUUAACUAUUCCCUGAAAUCUAAAUUUUACCAACUUCUGAACAGUUUAAAAACAAUUUUUAUUGAAGAUUUAAUAUCAAGGAAGUUAAUUUCAAACUUAAAGAGGAAACAAUAUUCUGGAAGCGGCAAUUUCGGUUCAACAUUUUCGAGUGGAGCAGAGAAAAUGGGAAACAUACCAGACAAACUUCUCGACUCGCCAUCAAACAUGGGUUCAUCUGAUAGUGAAUCCAAUGAUUUUCCAUCUGAAAACUCCGAACAAUGUUCUGUUUCAUCUGCCGAUAAAGGCAUUUCAUCUAAUUCUCAAACGAGUGAUGUCCCAAAAGGCAAAGUUAUAACGUUGCCGGAUGGUACCGUUUGCGUUUCUUUAACUGUUAAAAUCUCCGAAGAAGAAUCCCAUAAAUUAGGGGAAUUGGAAGCAAAAAAGGAGAAUGAUGAGCAAAUUUUAGAACCUUCAACAAGUGUUUUAUUCGAACGAACUGCAUUUCCGCCAGUCGAUUCACGAAGCCCAACUUCUCGAUUUCCAGGUUCGAAGAAAAGUAACCUGAUCACCCGGCUGAAUGUUAACGAAAUUCAUUCUUUGAAAAAGUCGUUAAUGGAUCUUCUCAAGCAAGAAAAAAUGAGUCAGGAACAACGAGAUGAUUCGGAUGUUGACGAUGAAGAAUCUUCUGUCGAAUCUUCCGAAUCUCCUUGUACAAGUAGCAUCACUAUAAGUGUAGCAUCUCCAACUGAUCCUGAGGCGAAGAGACAAAAAAAGAAGGAAAAGAAAAAGGCUCGACAACUCAGCAAAGAGCAACAGAUUAAAAAACAGCGGCUCGAGCGUGCAGAAGCUGCAAAACAGAGAGAGCUAAACUUGGCUGAGCACAAAAGACAUCUGGCAAAGUACGCAGCGCUGGUUGCCAAGCCGACGGUUGUGAAGACUGAUGAGCAACCGAAUAAGAAGUCCACACAGCUUCAACCACGUGUAGAGAAGACAGAGAAAAUGAACAUUUCCGUGGUGAGCAGCGACGAGCAAAAAGUGGAAAACAGGACUGGCUCAUUUUCAUCUCCUUCUUCAACUCGCCUAUCUAAUUCUUCUAAUAUUCCGUCUUGUUUUGCAACUCCUGAUUCACCAGAUUCGCAACUUCAGAGCUUUGUUUCUAAUAACAGUGAUUUAGACGCUGAUACUAGUGUUAAUCUAUCUAUAACAACUGAUGGAGUUCAUCUGAUGAUGUGUGUAGAUAAAGCUGCUCAAGGUGUCGUCGUUGAAGCUACACACGUUGGAGAAAGUGAAAAUACUAUUGAAGUUGUUGAAGACGCUGAAAAAAGCUUCGAAAUCUUGGUUUGUGGGCAACGAAGAAAAGUAACUCCGUUUACUCCACGCAGGAAACAGGACUCAAGCUCCGGAGAUGAGCAACCUGCUUCUGAAUCAACUUCUGCUUUUGACAUACCUGAACAUCCUCCAGUUAUUGUUCCUUUUCGUAAUGCACCGAUAGUAUAUUCAAGUCAAACAUCAAAUAUUCCACAAAUUCAUCCUCCUCUUCCACCACCACGAUUCCUUGCAAUGCCAAUGCAAUUCUCUGGUCAUCCUCCACCAGUCAUCAUGGGACCACCAAUCAUCAGACCAUUCGGUGCACCUCCGCCUCAAUUUAUUCCAAUUCAAUCCAACUAUGGACGUCCUCCACAAUUCCCGCCGAUCGGUGUUGUGCCUAUUCCAAUUCAAAGAUUGCCAAUGCAACGAAUGUCGGGACCACCAGUGAUGAUGAGCCGAGGACCAGUGUACUGUUCACAACCAGUUCCAAUGCAUCCGAUGCAACAAAAUGUUCAGAAUAUGCAAUCAUCAUCACGACAAGAUUUUGGCAUGAACGAACGGCUGCUGAUUCGUCCCAAUCAAAAACCACUUGAAAUAACUGCUCCACCGGUAUCUGCGUCAAAUAGCUCAAAAAUCGAAAAGAUGGGGAAAGUCAAGAGACCGGAGCCGAGAAGGAAAGAAAUAAUUAACGUGUCGAGAGUGUCACAAGUUAGGAACAAUGGGAAAGAUCUGGAUCAAUUUAAAACCCAAAAAGAUACCGUGCCAGAAACAAGGAAACCCAUAAAUGAGUGCAAAGAAAGUGAAAAAUCCGAUAUUGUUGUUGCUAAAGAUGUGGGAGUAGUUGAACAAUCAGAAAUUGUGUCUCAACCAGAAAAUUCAAAGGAUCUAUCAACAUCAGCAAAUAAAGAAGAAACAUCAAUUGUUGAACAAGUUGCAGAAAAAUCAUUGAUUGCUGAGAAACCAGAUGUUAGAAGAAGUUCAAGUAUAGAUUUGAAUGGUGAUUUAAUUGAAGCUGUUGUGGCAACAGUUCUCGAUGAUUCUGAUGAUGAAUCACCUAUUCCAUCUACUUCAGUCAGUUCAGAAUCUGUUCUGGAUUCUACACAAUCAGAAGCUCAACAGGAUGCCAUCAACCGUGUAUUGGGGUUUUCGAAGCAAUGCGAAGAAACGAAUUUCAGUAUUUGGACGGGGUUUGAGAAUGAGUGUCCAGAGCCAGUGAUUGAUAUCAAUGAUAAUGUUCUAGCGGCAAUUUUGGAGCCAGAUGAAGAGCCGAAGACUGAAGAAGAGAACGAUGUGGUUACGGAAAUUGAAGAUAAAGCGCGUGACUUUGGAGAAUUUCAAAAACCGACUUUAUUAACAAUUUGUCAAGAAGUGGAAGCAUAUUUUAGUGAGCAUCAUGAUGAAUACGUUGGAUCUGUUGUUGAUGAUAUGGAACUUCGAAAAAUCUUCAAAGAAACAUACGGUGGUUCGAUUCCGGAAGAUCACAAACAAAUUAUCGAAGAAGUUUGCUCAUUUCAACCUGGAUAUAUUCAUGUUUUUGAUGCACUCAUUGGCAGUAAACUCGAGUUCACGUACACGAUAAUGUCAAAUAUUGAUAGAAAAAUUGAAAAAGAGAAUGAUCGUCUCUAUCAACACUAUUCAUCACGGCCUGCUGUCGAUGGUGUCGAGAAUUUUUACGAGCGAUUCGAAAAAGAAAUUUUACCAGAAGUUCUUCCAUUCAUAUCUGGCAGAUUUAUAUCAAUUCGAACAUUCGUCUCUAUCGUUGAAGUAGUAAAAGAUAAUUGUUUGGAUGCAAUCGAUUUAUAUUAUUUGGCAGCAUUGGUGUUUGGAACUCGACCAUUCUUUUCACGAUUCAAUGGAAAAAUCAAACAAUUGCAUAUUUUUGAAACUGCAGGAAAACGAUGGAUUAGUCGGCCGCUGAUUGAUGAGGAACCACGUUUGAGAUCAUCCCAGAAUACAAAAGAGAGUCGAAUGGUGACAGUCUUGGAUUUCUUGAAUCGACUGAGACCCCAUAUAGACGAUAUAUUGCAAGUUCUUCCCGAUACAGUUGUCAAUGGAGCAGAGUUUUUGAGUACUGCUAAAUUGGUUUGCGGUUGGCAUGAUGAUCACGAGGAACGUAUUUGGAAUAAGAUUGUUCACGAUCGAUCCAAAUUUCAAGAAUUCUAUGAAGCGUACAAGCCAUUUCUUCGAAUUGAAAUACGAAUGGGUACAAUUUACCUUCGAAAACUUACUUAUGAAGAUGAUGACGUGGUUUUUGGUGAUGGAAUUUCCAUAAAUAUGAUGUCUUCUCCUUAUUUUACAACACUGAAAAGUGUUCUUAAAACUGAUGAAAGUAUUCAAACUGGCGAGAAGAAAAAUGUUAAAUUUGCGGCAAUUGAUGAUUUGAUUGUUCAUGAUGCUCCUCAUCCCACAGAUGGUUAUUCAAAUAGAUCAACUCAAUCUGAUAACUUUGAAAUGAAUCAAAUAUGGGAUCUUGAGAAGGAAGUGAUUCGACAAUUGAAACGGGAUAAUAUAACUUUUGCUGAAUUUAUCAAAUCCGAAGAUGCACGUGAAAUAUUUAGGCAUCAGUUUCUUGCUGACACAUUCAAGAAAAUGGAUUUAAAAUAUUUUGCAUUCAUUCUCGAAAAAGCAAUGGUCGAAUCUCGUGAACAAUCAUGGAAGGAUACUAUUCAGUUGAGAUUAGCUGCAGAAGAAGCUCAUCUUCAAUUGGAUUUGGCUCGCGGACAGUUCAAGAAAGAAUUUGGUGACUUGCGUGCUCGAAUGGAAACAAUUUCUCGUUUUGAAACAUUUGAAGUUCAAGUUUCGUCUGAAAGUAGAAUUGAGCAGUUACAAGGACGUAUUGAUGAACUGAUUCGGGAGAGAAAUAACCUUGUAAAAGAAGAAAUCAAGGAAGAGAAAGCCUUGAUGGAAAGGCAAAUAAACGAAAUGAAAGCCAAGCAUCUUCAACAGACACGGAAAAUGGCAGACGAAAUUCUUCGCCUGAAGCAACAAAGUGCACAAUUAGCAACUGCCAGAGAUGAAUUAUUGAGAGGAAUCUCCGAGCUCGACAAUAAUUCUCAAAGAAGUGCUCCGUUGAAUAUUCCUGUGCCGACAGCCAAAGAAUUUCCUCCUCUCCAUAGAAAUCCCCAACCAGAAACUGUAACCAUCUCAAUUGUAUCUUCCAAUAUCGCUUCGUGCUCUUCAUCUCCUUCUCCACCAACAUCUCCAACUCUUCCGAUAUUAUCAGAAGCUCGCCGCCAACUGAAAUUAACUCAAAAGUUUUCUGCGGAAUUUGAUGGCGAUGAGCUCCGUUUCUUUGCACGUGAUCUCUUCGAAUGGUAUAACUCUACAAAAGCCAAUCACAAAGAAAGGAAAACCGCCGAGAAGCAGCUGAAAGAGUAUGAAGUGGCGCUGGAUUGUAUCGAGUGUGCAAUUCAUGAGAAUUUGGAGAUGUUGAAGCUUGGAGUCGUCGAAAAUCUGAGAGUUGUUCCUGAUGUGCCGAUGCCGUUCUCUGAGACUGUAAUGAAGAAGAUGUUCCAAUGCAGUGGAUAUGAAUUGGAUGUUGUUACUGAGAGAGAGGAGGUUGUAGAGGAGGAAGACGGUUGCUUGAUUUGUACCGAAAUUAUCGAAGAGGCCGUGGAGACAGUAACCUGUGAUACAUGCACACGGGAGUACCACUAUCAUUGUAUCAGUCGAUGGUUGAAGAUCAACUCCGUGUGCCCACAGUGUUCCCGUGCUUUGAAAGAUCCCAAUGAGUAUCCAUGCCUGGAGUGAUUCCUAAUUUACCUUUUGUUUUAUUGCUUAACGGUGGAGUAAAUAGCGUCGUUUUGAAAUUUUGCUUCAAAUGGCAAAGAAUAGACCGUAAUGACGAAAUAUUACUGUUUAGCUUUUUAACUUCUAAUUUUUUUCUGAUUUUUUUUCCAAUUUUGCAAAAACAAAUGAUUUCAAAAUGACUCUACUCCAUCUUUAAAUUACCACCACCCCCUAUUCCCGUAUUUUAUUAUUUCCCCUUAUUAUUACAGUAUUUCUUCCACUUUUAAAUUUAAACUUGUAUUCAACUUUACCAUAAGAUUCUAGACCCCGACCCCGCUUUUAUGUUGUAUAGUAGUAUUUUAUUAUCCCAUUUUUGCACCGUUCCCAACUUUUGUAUAGUAUCGUUGAAUGUUCAGAUCGUUAACUUGCACUUUUAUAUUCGCUUCCAUAAAUUUCAUUUUGAUCAG